AUGCCUCCUUCCAGAACAAUAGAUGCACUAUCAAGUGCUAUAGUUGCUCGAUUUUUGCGCACAAAUGGCUAUUCCGAUACACUGAAGGCUUUUAUUCGUGAGGCCGACCUUGCACUCGACGUGGGGCAGAGCUCGGGCGAUGACACCAACAACUGGACCAUCCAAAGCUUGCUCGAGGAGAAGAACACCUAUGACCGAACCGUAGAUUUUGAAAGAUAUGGCAAGGGUCAUCAACAGUCGGAUUUAUGGAGCGAGCCAGCACCAUCAAGAGCUGCUCUCAUCCAGACACCGACAUCAUCAAACAUUCUUUCUGCGUCGGUAGAGAAAUGGCUGAAACCCCGCGGCGAUGAGGAUGAAGCCACAUCAGCGCAGUCUUAUAUCGUCUCUACGAGUGCAGACAAACAAGUCCAUCUACUCGAGACAGCAGACGGACACACGGCUAUCAAAUCAUUCCUGAGCAUCUCUACUACACCCGUUCUGUCAUAUGUCUCAAUCCUCCAGGGACGCUACAUCCUCAUGAGCAACAUGUCCGGCCAGCUAAUCCUCCAACAUGGAUCCCAAACACUUGACAGCAGAAAGGACCAUGCAAAGUACUUAGUGAAGGUAGUAGCCCACGAAGACAGGACCGAUCCUUCCAAGUGGUGGGUUGCCACCGCCGGCUGGGACGAGUGUGUUUUCAUAUAUUGCCUCAAUAUCCCUGAAACAAACGCACCAGCAUUGAAGAUCGGUGAGCCCGUUACACGCAUUAAACUCAACUCAAACCCUGAAUCACUGCUGUUCGUCCCACACGUCGACACAUACGAGCUGCUCCUCCUCGUCUCACGCAGAGACUCGACUUAUAUCUACUACUACCAGGUCGAAGCAGCAGAAGCCCGUCUCCUUGGACACCAAAACCUGGCUCCUCAUUCCAAUGCCUGGGUUGCGUUCUCGCUGUGCGAUAUGGCGCUCAGUCCACACGACCCGGGUCUCCUGGCUGUAGCGACGUCGUCAUUGCCGCAUAUGAAAGUGAUUAUCGUGCGUCUGCUUUUCCCUGCACAGACAACAUCCGUUUCAGAGGACCCAGUGACACAGGCGUCUCAGGCGAUGGCGACGCUGGAACUGCAGAAUCGUGAGGAUGCUGCUAUCCUUGUGCAGGCGAAUACCUUUGCGCCGCAGACUGAUUACUCCACGCCGCAGUUAGCAUGGAGGCCUAAUGGGUCUGGGGUCUGGGUUAAUGGAGACGAUGGUGUGGUUCGUGGUAUUGAGACGAAGACGGGGAAGGUCAUUGCUAGCUUGAAGGGUGGCCAUGAAGCGGGCUUUAAGGUGAGAACUGUUUGGUCGGGGUAUGUCGAUAUACCGCAGGAAGAGGGUGACCCGGUCCGGGAGGAAUGGGUCAUUAGUGGUGGGUUUGAUAAAAGGUUGGUUGUUUGGAAGGUAUGA